GUGGCGGUGGCCGCCGGGCUGGGGAACCACGGAGACCGGGAAGUUUGCAGCUUCCUAGAGAGGAGGGGAAACGGCCCUACGCGCUUCCGGCGGCGCGGGUCCUAAGCUUUCCCGGGAGUCCUGGCCGGCCGCCUUCUCGCGCGUUCCCUGCGUCCGGGGCGCGCGGCGUCAGCGGUCGCCUGGACUCCGCGUCGCGGGAACGGGCUAACGGGGUCGCAUCCCCGCGGAGUUCUUCACUGCUCGGUUCUCCGAUCCCUGUGCCUCUGUGGUGAGGGGGGUUCCAGGACGCAGGGAGCCCCCGGCGGACAGACGGCGUUUGCGGGGUGCCCGGCAGCAGCUGUCCUGCCCGUCCUUUAUUUUCUCUUCUGUCUCACCUCGAACCCCGAGGGCGUGUGAAACGGGGACCCCAGCCAUGCUCCAGAUCACGUGGCACCAGGGCUUCAGCAGGAACCUGCUGUCUCAGGAGCCAGUGACCUUUGAGGACGUGGCCGUGUACUUCACGCAGAACGAAUGGGUCAUCCUGGACCCUUCACAGAGGGCCCUGUACCGGGAGGUGAUGCUGGAGAAUUAUGCAAAUGUGGCUUCCCUGGCUUUUCUAUUCACCAGACCUGUUCUGGUCUCCCAGCUAGAGCGAGGGGAACUGCCAUGGGGCCCGGAACCCUGGGAACCUGCGGGCAGGGAAGUCCUCGGAGGCGUCUGUCCAGAGCUCUGUAGCUCUGAGACCAGAGCUGAGAAGGAAGAGUCGAGCCCAAAGGAACACAUUCCCGAAGAAACGGAGUCCCACAGACUGACGUUAGGAGGGCUACCAGGGAACGUUCCCCAGCACCUGGACUUGGGUUGCAGCCUAGAGCAGCAGCCUGGUCACUGCAUAGCCAAGAAGACAAAGUCCAAGAGGAGAGCUUUCACAGAUGGGCCAACCAGCUGUCGCGAGGCCUACGCCGUGGAGAGUGGGGAGAAGUGUGAGAAGUCUGGGGAAAACGUUAGUGUCAGCACACGAGUCUCUACAGAUCAGACUGUUCCCAGUGGUCAGGUAUCAUACGAAUGUAGAAGAUGUGGAAGAUAUUUCAGUCGAGUGGCGGAUUUUCAGGGAUGUCAUGCCGACGAAAGGUCUUUUAAAUGCAAAGAAUGUGGAAAAGCCUUCAGAUAUAACUCAUUACUUAUUCGGCAUCAGGUAAUUCACACUGGAAAGAAACCAUUUAAAUGUAAAGAAUGUGGGAAGGGCUUAAGUUCGGACACGGCCUUGAUUCAGCAUCAGAGAAUCCACACUGGAGAAAAGCCCUAUGAAUGUAAGGAGUGCGGCAAGGCCUUCAUCAGCAGCUCCGUCUUCCUCCAGCACCAGAGGUUCCACACGGGGGAGAAGCUCUAUGAAUGUCAUGAAUGUUGGAAGACUUUCAGUUGUAGCUCCAGCUUUAUCGUCCACCAGCGAGUGCACACCGGGGAGAGACACUACGAAUGUAAAGAGUGUGGGAAACGAUUGAGUUCCCCCACAGCCUUGACUCAGCAUCAGCGCAUUCACACCGGGGAGAAACCUUUCGAAUGUAAGGAGUGUGGGAAGGCCUUCAGUCAGAAAAUCACCCUGGUCCAGCAUGAGCGGGUUCACACUGGUGAGAAACCGUACGAGUGCGAGGUGUGUGGGAAAACCUUCAGCUGGUGUGGGCGAUUCACCCUGCAUCGGAAACUACACACGCAGAAGGUACCCGUGCAAGAGUAGGGCUGUCCGCAGCUGUGGGCGCCGUGCCUCCUUGUUUCUCCCCACUCUCAUGCUCUUCUGUCAGUUACGCUCUUGACAGCGAGAAAGAAAACAACCGCUAAGUCACGAGUGUACGAGGACGGGUAACUGGCUGAUACCUCGCGGGGUUAGUGGUGUCACUGAGUGUCCCGCGAGAUGGAUGAGGGAGGUGUGGGAGGACCUCCAUCAGAGAACACCACUGUGAAUUAUCAAGAGUCCAGGCUUAAAGAGGAGACGGCAAAAAGUUUCUAGAGAAAACAAAAGACCGGGAAUGUGAAUGCAUUGGAUUUCAUAACAGCAGUCUUGAACAGUUAGAGGACCACAGAGUAGGCCUUCCAAAAUUCAAAGGGAAAAUAACUUCCACCCAGAAUUCAGUAUCCCCAAGUGUGAGUUUGGUAUAAGGUAUUUCAGACCUUUUAGAUGUGGAACGUUUAUGUCCCGUGCAUCCCUUCUCAGGUGUGCGACAGCAAACAAGGGGUCACUCAGAAAAGAAAUGGACACCCUGUCAGUGUCUUUAUAUUAGGAGUCCCCUAAACUCAGAAACAGAGGGCCCUUGUCCCUGUGGAACCAUGUGCACGGUGGAGGACAUUCCUAGUAGGGUGCACAUUUUCAGAGACCUACCUCGGUUGCAGGCCCACCCACACUGCUUACUUGUCAG